AUGAUGACAUGCAUCAUCCUUCAUAACAUGAUUGUGGAGGAUGAGUAUGAUUACGAAGCUGAAGAGGUGUACGAACCCGAUCCCAUGAACACGGCCUUGACCCGAAUUUAUGAAAAACCAAUAGGGCCAAAUGGAGCACCAGUGGAGCAUGAACCGUUGGUUAGAGAUGGUCUUUUCAUGAACCGUAUGAUUGAUCGAUAUACGGAGAUGCAAUCUUCAUAUAUUCAUGAACGCCGUCAAGUUGACUUAAUGGAGCAUUUAUGGACGGUGAAAGGCAAUGAUGGUGAAUGA